UCCGAGGCGGUUGGUGUCAGGGAGUUGUUGAGGCGCCAUACGAGGCAAUUAUUUCCAGUCAGAAAAGGGAACCAGUGCCUGGCUUUCUCACCAGCUUUCUACCUGCCAUGAUCAAGUGCUUGUCAGUUGAAGUACAAGCCAGGUUGCGUUCUGGUUUGGCUAUAUGCUCCUUAGGCCAGUGUGUUGAGGAGCUUGCCCUCAAUAGUAUUGAUGCUGAAGCAAAAUGUGUGGCUGUCAGGGUAAACAUGGAAACCUUCCAAGUUCAGGUGAUAGACAAUGGAUUUGGGAUGGGGAGUGAUGAUGUAGACAAGGUGGGAAAUCGUUAUUUCACUAGUAAAUGCGACUCUGUACAGGACUUGGAGAACCCAAGGUUUUAUGGUUUCCGAGGGGAGGCCUUGGCCAAUAUAGCUGACAUGGCCAGUGCUGUGGAAAUUUCAUCCAAGAAAAACAAGUCAAUGAAAACUUUUGUGAAGCUGUUUCAGAAUGGAAAAGUCCUGAAAGCUUGUGAAGCUGACUUGACUCGACCAAGUGCUGGGACAACAGUCACCGUAUAUAACCUGUUUUAUCAGUUACCUGUAAGGAGGAAAUGCAUGGAUCCUAGACUGGAGUUUGAGAAGGUUAGGCAGAGGAUAGAAGCUCUCUCACUUAUGCACCCUUCCAUUUCUUUCUCUUUGAGAAAUGAUGUUUCUGGUUCCAUGGUUCUUCAGCUCCCUAAAACCAAAGACGUAUGUUCCCGAUUUUGUCAAAUUUAUGGACUGGGUAAGUCCCAAAAGUUAAAAGAAAUAGAUUUUAAAUAUAAGGAGUUUGAGCUUAGUGGCUAUAUCAGCUCUGAAGCACAUUAUAAUAAGAAUAUGCAGUUUUUGUUUGUGAACAAGAGGCUAGUUUUAAGGACAAAGUUGCAUAAACUCAUUGACUUUUUAUUAAGGAAAGAAAGCAUUAUAUGCAAGCCAAAGAACAGCUCUGCCAGUAGGCAAACAAAUUCAAGUCCUCGGCAUCGGUCUAACCCAGAACUCCAUGGUAUAUAUGUAAUCAACAUGCAGUGCCACUUCUGUGAGUAUGACGUGUGCCUGGAGCCAGCAAAAACUCUGAUUGAGUUUCAGAACUGGGAUACUGUUUUGGUUUGUAUUCAGGAAGGAGUAAAAAUGUUUUUAAAGAAAGAAAAAUUAUUUGUGGAAUUAUCAAGUGAAGACCUUAAGGAAUUUAGUGAAGAAAAUGAGUUUAGUUUAUUUAGUGCCACUCUUCAGAAGCAAGUGUCCUCUGAUGAGAAGUGUGACCAGGUCAAUUUCCAAGAAGCAUGUAAUAAUAUUUUGGAUUCCUGUGAAAUGUUUAAUUUGCAAUCAAAAGCCGUGAAAAGAAAAGCUCCUGUAGAAAACAUAAGCACACAGAAUUCUAGGGAUUCGGAAGCUAUCAGAAAAAAGACAAAUGAUUCAUUUUUGUACACUUACAAAUCCGAUGGGCCAGCCCAUAGUAAAAUGGAGUCAUCUUUACAAAACGAAGAUAGCGCUUGCUCAGAGUCAAGGAUCUUAGAACAAGAGACAGCUGAAGCAUCAGAAUCAGGAGCAAAUGAGAAACAUAAAAAAUCUUGCUUGGAACUUAACUCUUCAGAAAAUCCAUGUGGAACCAGUUCAGAAAUGUUUGCAAGCCCUUUUCAGACACUUUAUCACUUUGAGGGGAGUGGAGAAGGUCUAGAAAUACAGAAAGUAAGUACUACUGCUAAUGGCAUGGCUGCCAACAUCCUGAAAAAUAACAGAAUUCAGAAUCAACUAGAGAGAUUUAAAGACGCUACUGAAAUGGGAUUUGCAAGCCCUUUUCAGACACUUUAUCACUUUGAGGGGAGUGAAGAAGGUCUAGAAAUACAGAAAGUAAGUACUACUGCUAAUGGCAUGGCUGCCAACAUCCUGAAAAAUAAUAGAAUUCAGAAUCAACCAGAGAGAUUUAAAGAUGCUACUGAAAUGGGAUGCCAACCUCUGCCUGUUGAGACAACAUUAUCGGGAGCACAUGGUGCUCAGAGAGAAGAAGAGAAAAGAAAAAAAGAACCUAGUAAUUGUGGAAGAAUAAAUGUUUUUAGUUAUGGGCAAGUUAAAUUAUGUUCCACUGGUUUCAUAACUCAUGUGGUACAAAAUGAGCAAACUAAAUCAACUGAAACAGAACAUUUAUUUAAAAAUUAUGUUCAACCUGGUCUUGUGAGUGCCAAGGAAAUAUUUGGAAAUAGAACAUGCCAUUCAUUUGAGACUCCAAACACCAAAGAUUUAACCACCACUUUAAGUAAAGAAUUUGCUCAACUGCCCAACAAAAGAUUGUGCAGAACAAAUAUAAGUUAUGGGCUAGAGAACAAACCUAUAGCAACUUAUAAAAAUUUUGCUAUUUUUCAGGAAAGUAGUAAAAAAUCGCACACAGGUUGCUUACUACCUGACACAUCCUCUUUCUCUUGGGGUAGACAUGUUUCAAAUGGUAGUAAGAAAACAGGUAAGUUGAUUUGUUCUGCCAAACCCAUAGCUCAUAAGAAGCUAAGCUUAAGUUCACAAUUAGGAUCUUUAGAGAAGUUUAAGAGGCAAUAUGGGAAGGUUAGAAAUCCUCUGAAUACAGAAGUGGAGGAAAAUAUCACUUUAGAAAUCACUACCAAUCUCAAUCCUCAGGUUGAACCUGACAUUCUGUGGAAAGACAAAAACCACUUAGACAACUCUGGUAUUUGUAAAAUCACUACUAUGAAACAUGAUGAUUCAAAUAGUAGCUGUCAACCAGUAAGUCACAUGUUUUAUUCAGAAAAGUUACCAUUCUCCAAGGAAGACAGUUUGGAAGAACAGAUGCCUUGCUUAAGAGAAAGCCCUAUAACUCUACAGGAGUUAUCUCAUUUUAACAGAAAGCCUUUGGAUAUUGAGAAGUCACCUGAAUCACUAGCCUCUAAAUUAUCCAGAUUGAAAGGCUCCGAAAGAGAGACUCAAACAAUGGAGAUGACGAGUCAUUUUAAUGAACUUCCACAAUCAGAUCCCAGUAGGAAAGACAGUGACUUGUCCAGUGGGUUAACCCUAGAUUCUUGUAAGUUAUUUCAAAACGAGCAUAAAAAAACAGAAAGUGUCAACAUCCCAAUGUUGGACUCUGUCACACAGGGUAAUCCCUUCAAUAAAGACAGUGAAACAUAUUCUAACAACAAUACAACAGAGAACUCUGUGAUGUCAGAAACUCCUUUAGUACUACCCUAUGUUCAUUCUACAGUUAUCGGUAAGGAUUCAGAUGUUCUUAUAGCUUCAGAACAACAGAUCGGAAGUCCUGACUCUCCGAGUAGAAUGUUAGUGAGUCACAGAGAAGAUUCCACAGCUGGCCAAAAUGGAACUUGUUGUCAGAGUGAGGAAUCUAUAGCAAGAACUUGUUCUGAAAAUGAAGAGUCCAACACAUGUUCUUUGGAUUGGCAGCAGCAUUUUGAUGUAGCCCUGGGAAGAAUGGUUUACAUCAACAAGCUAACAGGACUUAGCACAUUCACUGCUCCUGCUGAGGACGUUCGGGCUGCUUGUACUAAAGACCUGACAACUAUAGCUGUGGAUGUUCUACUUGAGAAUGGAUCUCAGUACAGGUGCCAUCCUUUUAGAAGCGACCUUGUUCUUCCUUUCCUUCCUAGAGCCCGGGAAGAGAGGACUGUGAUGAGACAGAAUAACAGAGCUACUGGGGACGGUGCUGUUGGUCCCGAAUCGCUUCAGUCUUUGUUCUCAGAAUGGGACAACCCAGUAUUUGCCCGUUAUCCAGAGGUUGCUGUUGACGUUAGCAGCGGCCAGGCUGAGAGCCUAGCAGUUAAAAUUCACAACAUCUUGUAUCCUUAUCGUUUCACCAAAGAAAUGAUUCACUCGAUGCAGGUUCUCCAGCAAGUGGAUAACAAGUUUAUUGCCUGUGUAAUGAGCACUAAGACUGAAGAGAAUGGCGAGGCAGGUGGAAACCUGCUAGUCUUGGUGGACCAGCAUGCUGCCCAUGAGCGUGUCCGAUUGGAGCAGCUGACCAUUGGUUCCUAUGAGAAGCAACAGCCACAAGGCUCUGGUCGAAAAAAAUUACUGUCUUCCACUAUAAGUCCUCCACUAGAGAUAACAGUGACAGAGGAACAAAGGAGACUCUUAUCGUGUUACCACAAAAAUCUGGAAGAUCUGGGCCUUGAAAUUAUAUUUCCAGACACUAGUGAUUCUCUGGUCCUUGUAGGAAAAGUACCACUCUGUUUUGUGGAAAGAGAAGCCAGUGAACUUCGAAGAGGGAGAUCUACUGUGACCAAGAGCAUUGUGGAGGAAUUUAUUCAAGAACAAGUAGAGCUACUCCAGACCACAGGAGGCAUCCAAGGGACUUUGCCACUGACUGUCCAGAAGGUGUUGGCAUCCCAAGCCUGCCAUGGGGCCAUUAAGUUUAAUGACGACCUGAGCCUAGAGGAGAGCUGUCGCCUUAUUGAAGCUCUGUCCUGGUGCCAGCUGCCUUUCCAGUGUGCUCAUGGCAGGCCCUCCAUGCUGCCGUUAGCUGACAUUGACCACUUGGAGCAGGACAAACAGGUUAAACCCAAUCUUGCUAAACUUCGCAGAAUGGCUCGGGCCUGGCAUCUCUUUGGAAAAGCAGAAGGAUGUGAUACAGGGCAAAGCCUGCAGGCAUCUGCGCCUCCUCGUGAGCUGCCAUGAGAACAGAAUUAUUGUCUCUAAGGAACCUAAGGGAUGCUGACUGUAGGCCUCUGGGCAGAGAGUGUGAGCCGCAGGCACUGGCAAGGUCUUGACUGAAUGGGCCCAGGGCACCAAUCAGCAUCUCCAUCUUCCCUGAGCAGAUGAUCCCUCCAGUUAAGUAGCCAGAUGGAAUUCAAGCCUAAAGACAGUUCAUUCAUUGGCAUCCAUGGACACUGGAGGUUGCCCUAUAAUAUCUACUUUUUGUAAUUUAUU